CAGCUGGAUCUUUUAACCACCAUGGGAUGCGAUACUCAACUAUAGUGCCAAAUUAUCCUGACACACAUGAGGACUUCAUGCCCACUAAUAAGCUUCAGAAUUCUGACCUUUCUUUGAAGGACAUUGUUGAGCAGGAUGUCAAUGACAACCCUGUGACGAUUUACAUGAAAGGAGUGCCUGAUCUUCCUCGGUGUGGAUUCAGCUCAUUAGCAGUGAGAGUGUUGAAAGAAUAUAAUGUUCCUUUGAGUGCCAGAAACAUAUUGGAAGACCCUGAGCUUAAGAAUGCUGUCAAAUCAUUCAGCAACUGGCCCACGUUUCCACAGAUAUUCAAAGGGGAGUUUGUUGGAGGAUCAGACAUCAUUCUCAACAUGCACCAGACUGGCGAGUUGAAGGAAAUGCUUAAAGAUAUUGCAGCCAACCAGGAGAAUUAAGAGAUUGAAGGAAGGCGUCUCUACACCUCUUGGGAAUUAAUUCGUAGGGUUUCAAAUCCACGCUUUUGCUAUUUUUAGAGGUGAGUAUACUUACCAUGGAAAUUUACCUUAUCUCUAUCUUUAAUACAAAGUUUGAAAAUAUUUUUUGAAUUAAAGGAAGUAACACAUUUCAUCAUGAUAUAUGUAUAAGAAGAAAAUCUAUAAAUUUAUUGAGGUCAAAUGUUAAGCUUAAAUAAAUAUAUGAUUUCAUUUGUAUAAUAAAGCACUAAUUUUUUUUAUGAGAAUUUAUUUAAGUUGAGUCCUUCAAAGUUUAUGAUGAUGAUGAUUAAAUGACAAUGAAACAUCAUGCGAGAGUAUUUAUUUUUAUUGAUCAUAUAACCGAAUAUAGCCUUUGGGGCCACAAGGGCCGAAAUGCUUUGGGGUCCUGGGGACCGAAAUGCUUUAAGGACCAUAAGGGUCGUUGUACAUAAGGGGUCCUAGGGACCGAAAGAUUGAAAUGAGAAUUGAAAUGCUACGAUGACAUGAGUUAUGUUCCUAUGAUUAUGUUUUGGGUAACGGUAUCGUCACUACCUAAGUCGUGAGGUAACGCGACCCUAAGGCUAUGUAGUGGUUUGUAUGAUGGACAUGAAAUCUUAAGGUAUUGAAAAGUUGUAUUUUUGUUUAUUUUCCUUAUUCAAAUGUAUUUUUCCUGCAUUAUGAGAUUCUUUGAAAAAAUCUUGAUAACGGUUUAUGUAAAAUUUUCUCAAUUUUUAAAAAUUUCAGUCCAAUUAAGCUCUUGUGUUUAUUAUCUUAUUUUGAACCUAAUCGGAAGGAGCAAGCUUUAUAACUCCAUGGGAUUGGUAUACUCAUUGGGCUCUAGAACAUUUUUUUUAAUUAAUUUUUU